AUGGAUUUGAGCACGACCGAACUCGACGACCAGUCUGUCAGGCAAUCCCAUACAUCACCACCUCGACAACCGCAUUCGCAGCAUGUCGCAAUGAUCGACAGCUGGAGCAACGGUGACGACCGCAGAGACCGAAGAGGAGUCGAUCGAGGAGUUGCACGCUCAAGAACUUCGCGAUCGCCUGUUUCGCGUCGCCACGAGAGCGAGAGGGACCCGAAAGAACGGGCACGUAGUCCUGGCAAAACGAGAUCAAAUUCCCACCACCGCCAGGACAGAUCUCGCGACCGCAGUCCCGAACGCAGACGACGACCAUCACGAUCACCUGGGCCAGACUCACGAGACGCAGCGCGGGAGCGCAAUAAAGGCAGAGAGUUGCUUGAACCACGAGGCUCCGACAAGUCAAAACGAUCCAUCGCCCACCAUUCACCAUCGUCGAGUAAGAGGCGAAAGUCUCGAAGCCCUUCGCCGGAGCGACUUCACCACAAGAAAUCUAGGAGGGAAAUAGGUCGAAGCCCAUCACGUACAGAAAGAGAUUCACUGCGCUCUGACAAGAAGCGACGAACUAUUUCCCCUCCUCCCCGAAAGCGAUCCAGGGACCGCCGGCCUUUGGAACAUCGGUCAGAAGGCAAGUACAAAUCUAGGGAGUCAGGCACAUUCGAGCGUGAUCGGAGGGGGAGGUCUCCAAGUCCCCGGCCAGGUAAACACGAUUCUUCUCGUCGCACAUCGAGCUCAAGGCACGACAAACUGCCAAGACGUGAACGGUCACCUGUUAUUCGAUCACAGAAAACAAGAGAACGGUCACCAUUUGAAAAAUCGAAAGAAAGAGACCGUAGUCGAUUGACAUCACCUAAGAUUGGUCAGAGAUCUCCUGAUAUUGAUCGCUACGAACCCUCGAGCCGUUCCCGUCCACGUUCGCCUGCUCAUUCCCGUGGCUCAAAAUACAGCCGAGGUCGCUCGCCAAGGGCUGGAGAAGAUAGAUAUAAAGGUGAUAAAUCACGAGACGAGCGGAGUAGGGAGGACAGGCACAAAGACGAAAAACAUCGUGGACAUAAGUCUAAGGACGAUCGGUCUAGAGACGUCCGUUCUCCGAGAGAGGAGAAAUCUUCAAGAGACGAUCGGCGACCAAGAGACGAGUUCAGGUCCCAAAAACCUCAUUUCAAGGACUCAAAGGGCCCGAGGCCACCUACGGCAUCUGGAGCAAACAGUAUCGAGGUCAAGUCUCGAAAAGCCUCGCCGGCCGCGUCUGGCGCCAAUAGUGUUGAGGUCAAGACGGAUAAGAUGAAUAGUAGUAGAGGUUACUAUGGUGGCCAGCAAGGUUAUAACCCUCAUCAACAGAUGCAAGCUGCUUUUCCGUUGAAACCUCAGUAUGUCCAAAGUCCUCAAGUUGAUCCACGGCAAUAUUCGCAGUCACCUCAGCAUCAUAUGACACCCGGUUCUUAUCAUGGAUCUCCUCAGGCUCAGUCCCCAUACGGUGCAGGGAGAGGGUCGUGGAGUGGGCAGCAGCCACAACCUCAAUACUCGCCGCAGCCGCAAUUCCAACAAAACUUCCCGCAGCAAAAUCAAGCUAAUUUCAACAGUCCCGGUGGGCAGCAAGGGCAGUUCUAUAACAAUCAGUCUCCACCAUACCAGCAAAUGGCACCUUCUGGGCCAAUGAGUCAGUCUUACCAGCAAAAUUUCCGGGGCAAUCACAGAGGAAACUACAGAGGCAAUAACUUCAACCCGAACAUGGUGCGUGGUGGUCGUGGCGGAGGCAGGGGUGGUCAUUUCCAGAAUCUUCACUGGAGCAGCGCCUCCGGUGGAAUGGGCCGAGGGGGCCACAAUAACUCAGGAUCUGCUACACCACAGCAGACAUCCCCUCAACAGCAAUUUCCUCCGCAAAAUGCUGUUGCUGCACCUACAACUCCUCAACCAAAGCCGCCACCAGAGGAAGAUGACAACGAAGAUUUGUUUAGACCGUCGAAAGAACUGCAGGUGGAGGAAAAAGUACCUGUUAAAAAAGUUGACGAAGAGAAAAUGCCACCGCCAAGUAAAUCUACUCCUACUGGGCCCCAGAGCUCCAAAUUCAGUUUCACUUUAAAGACAAAGUCAGCAUCUAAGCCAACUAACGCCACGACCAAACCCGACAUUGCGCAAAAAUUGACAGUGGCUCCAGUACGGAAGGAUGUGCUGGUAGCAAGCCCUGAGCGAUCGCGGCCAGCACGACCAGUUCCCACGGAGCCAGCUUCAGCACGACGACAUCAUCAACAGCCAGAGUUUCGCGAACCCCCUGCACCAACCAAAAGAAUGGUGAAAAAGAUCAUGAAGCGUCCAAAACCUAGGCCGCAACUUGAGGAAGACUUCAGAAAAUCCGACUCUGUAUAUUACCGGAAGCCUGGUAAUGAAUCUGUUGUAGGGUCCGGUACAUAUGGUAAGGUCUUCAAAGGCGUCCAUGUCUAUACAAAGAACCUUGUUGCUUUGAAAAAGAUCCGUAUGGAAGGAGAGCGUGAUGGAUUCCCGGUGACGGCGGUACGCGAGAUCAAGUUGCUUCAGUCAUUGAAGCAUCGGAAUAUUGUGAAGCUGCACGAGGUCAUGGUAGAGAAGAAUGACUGUUUCAUGGUUUUUGAAUAUCUCUCCCACGAUUUGACGGGUCUUCUCAACCACCCGACAUUCAAGCUGGAAGCUGCUCACAAAAAAGAUCUGGCAAAACAGCUGUUCGAAGGUCUAGACUAUCUCCAUAGACGAGGUGUCUUGCAUCGCGACAUAAAGGCUGCAAAUAUCCUUGUGAGUGCCGACGGGCAGUUGAAGAUUGCUGAUUUUGGUCUUGCCCGGUUCUACGCCAAGCGACGGCAGCUCGAUUAUACGAACCGUGUCAUCACUAUUUGGUAUCGAUCACCGGAACUUUUACUUGGUGAGACUCAAUAUGGGCCCGCGGUCGAUAUUUGGAGCGCUGCUUGUGUUUUGGUAGAAAUAUUCACCAAGCACGCCAUAUUUCCGGGUGACGGUGGAGAGAUUAGUCAACUUGAGAAGAUAUAUGCCGUCCUCGGAACCCCCAAUAGGGUCGAUUGGCCUGGCUUGGUGGAUAUGGCAUGGUUCGAAUUGCUUCGUCCGUCCGCUAAACGUCCUAAUGUCUUUGCGGAAAAGUAUAAGGAUCGAGUCACACCCGCGGGGUAUGAGCUUCUCGAAGCCAUGUUCCAAUAUGACCCCGCUAAGCGCCCAUCUGCAUCCGACGUCCUCGAGCAUCCGUACUUUACCGUGGAAGAGCCAAAGCCAAGACAGGUUAUUGAACUUGCUUCGUUAGAAGGCGACUGGCACGAGUUCGAAUCAAAGGCUUUACGGAAAGAAAACGAACGAAAAGAUAAAGAGGCGAAGCAAGCAGCUCGAAAAGAAGCUGCAGAGAAGGAGAAAGAAAAGAAGCGAGCACCAGAGGGUGAGGCUGCCGAUCGUGAAGCCAAACGCCAGCAAGUGGCACCACCCAGCCAGCCGACUUCCAAAGACGGGCCAUAG